AUGAAGCAAAACUCCCAUUCUUGUGCUGUUCUCUUUGUUUUGCUUAUUAUCUCCUCACACGCAUCUGCCCGUAUCCUUGAAACAAAUCAUGGAAAAGAGGAGGCAAAGCUCAAUAAUAAAACCACCGGAGAUUCGCUUGUACAUAUAGAAGGCAAUAACUAUUUAAAUACUCUCAUGGGGAUAGAAGAUUGUGAAAGUGGAGAUGAAGAGUGCUUGAAGAGAAGGGUUCUUGCAGAGGCUCACUUGGACUACAUUUACACUCAGCACCAUAAGCCUUGA